AUGAGUUUCGCCAUCGAAGUCCCAGGAGACGCGGCGCCGCUGUCCCUGCAGGAGCUCUGCCGCACGUUGCACGCGGCCACUUCGUCCUCGGACCACGUCCAGCGACAGGCGGCCGGCCAGCAGCUCGCCACCUGGGAGUCACAGGCCGGGUACUACUCGUCGUUGCAGUCCGUGUUCCUCGACAAGUCGCUGCCCCUCGAGAUUCGAUUCCUGGCGAUUAUACAGAUCAAGAACGGUAUAGACAAGAAUUGGAGGUUCUCGCACUCCAAGCUCGGCAUCACCCCCGACGAAAAGAACCUGAUACGGUCACGGCUUUUCCAGGGAACCGUCGAGGAGGAAGUAAGGCACCUGGCCCUGCACAAUGCCCUGGUCAUUGCCAAGAUUGUCCGCGUCGACUACCCAGACGAUUGGCCCGAUGCGCUUCCGAGCAUUGUGCACUUGCUGCGAUCGACCCAGAACGGCAAUCAGCAUCAUCUCCAUGGCGUUCUCGUACUGCUGCUCCGAGUCAUCAAGGAGAUGGGAAGUGCGCGGCUGAGGAAAUCGCAAACCGCGCUGCAGUCAAUCACGCCCGAGUUCGUAUACAUCCUGUCAGAAAUUUAUUCGGAAAAGUCGUCACAGUGGACCAAUUUUCUGAGCACGGGACAAGGGGACGGCGACGAGGCCAGCUUGGCCAUGGAGAACAGUCUGUCCGCUCUCAAGACGCUGCGCCGCCUCAUCAAUGUGGGCUACGCGCGGCCUCAUGAUGACAGCUCGGUCACGCAGUUCUGGACACUGUCGCAGACCCAGUUUGGCCAGUUUCUGGGCUUUGUGAACCACGACUCGGCCGUGCCGGCGCCGUAUCAGGAGUUGGUCGGCAAGCACCUCCUUCAGUUUGCCAAGUUCCACAUCGACCAGGCCGAGCACUUUGGUGCGAGCUUUGCCUUUCUGCCCAACUCGAUAUCCCUCGUCAACGCAUACUGGGACCUCAUUUCAAACUUUGCCGAAAUCUUUGUCUCGUCGGGUGGCAUCCGGCAGGGCUCAGGGGACGCAGGGUCCAAGGCGAAGAAAGAAGGGCCUCUUAUAGAGAAGCUGGCUCUCAAGGGCUUGAUCCUCCUUCGCGCCUGUGUGAGGAUGGCCUUUCAAGCAGUGCAGACAUUCAAGUACCGAUCUCCGGAAACAAAGGCCGAGCAGGAAAGGGCCAAGGAGAUUAUCAGGAAUGAGCUGUUCAAGGACGAUCUAGUGAUUCAGAUUGUCAACACCAUCAUCUCACACCUGUUUGUUUUCCGGCAAUCAGACCUUGAAGCUUGGGAGGAGGACCCGGAAGACUGGGAGCUUCAGGAACAGCUCGAGAGCAGCGCGUACGAAUGGGAAGUCCGCCCAUGCGCCGAAAAGCUCUUCUUGGAUCUCCUCACCAACUUCAAGCCGCUUCUGGUGCCGCCGCUGCUGUCGUACUUCCAGACAGCGCAGUCUCCGCAAGCAGACAUUGCGACCAAGGAAGCCGUGUAUACGGCCAUGGGUCUCUCAGCCGCACACGUGUCGUCCGCCUUUGACUUUGAUGCGGUCCUGGCCACGACCAUUGUCAACGAUGCCCAGCAGCAGGGCGGUCUGUACAAGGUGCUGCGGCGACGGAUUGCCAUUCUCAUUAGUCAGUGGGCGCCGGUGAGGCUGGCGGAGGCGAGCCGGCCGAUUGUAUACCAGAUAUUCCAGCACUUUCUCUCCUCGAACGACGAGACGAAUGACAUUGUGGUGAGGAUCACGGCGGCGAGGCAGCUACGGUGGGUUGCCGACGAACUCGACUUCAGCGCCACCGCGUUUCUGCCGUAUACCUCGGAUGUCCUCAACGCCCUGACGGAGCUCGUUCAGAACGUGGAAAGCGACGAAACCAAGCUUGCCAUUCUCGAGUCCAUCCGGAUCCUGGUGACGAGGAUGGAGGAGCAAGUAGCGCAGUUUGGAGACCAGCUCAUGCUGGCCCUGCCCUCGGUGUGGGAGGCUUCGGGGCCGGAAGAGUACAUGAUCAAGCAGGCUGUCAUUGCCAUCUUCUCGGCGCUCGUUAUGAGCAUGGGCCCGAACUCGCAGCGCUAUCAGCAGUCCAUGCUCCCUCUGCUAGCCGAAGCGGCAAGACCAGGUUCAGACCUGCACCUGAACCUCAUUGACGAAUCGCUGGAGCUGUGGAACUCGAUACUCUCGCAAAGCAAUCCUCCGCUUGCGCGGGAGCUCAUCGACCUGGUUGAGCUCCUGCUGCCGUUGCUGGAGUAUUCGUCCGACGUCGUGUCCUUGGCGCUCCAGGCCAUUGAGUCCUACAUCCUGAUUGCCCCGGAGGCUAUGCUAGAGGACAGGUUCCGACGGCCCAUACUGGUGGCUCUGAGCACGAGCCUGGACUCCAAGAGCAGGGAGCACGUUCGCCUCGGCACAACGUCCAUCGAACUCUUGAUCCGGUCGGCGGCCGAGCUGGGAGGGGCCGAGGGGGUCUCCGUCGUGAUUCAGGACAUGGUUGAGACGGGCUUUGUGAACAAGCUUGUGGCCAACCUGCACGACGCGUGGGAAGCCCGACAAACCACCGGACCUAACAAACGGGCGAGUAGACUCAGUACGGUGACGCAGGGUGACUAUUUUGCCAUCCUCGCGCGCCUCUUACUGGCCGAACCAAACCUGUUUGUGCAGAUGCUGGGCUCGGUUGGGAACGUGCAAGAGGUUUGGGCCUGGCUCUCGUCGGAGUGGUUCUCAUACCAGUCUGGCAUGGACAACCUUGAGCGGCAGAAGCUGUAUCUGCUCGGCCUGACGCGCCUGCUCGAGCUCGGGUCGCCGAUGCAGGAGCUGGUGCUGGACAAGCUACAAGACUACCUGGACAUGUGGACAAACCUGAUUAUGGAGCUACAAGACAAUGCCGGGCCCGGCAACGACUGUCUGAUAUGGAGCGGAGAGCCGGAGGUGUACGACUAUGAUACCCCGAAGAUGAUCUUGGAGAAGCAGAGCCAGCACAAGGACCCGAUCCACUGCGUCAACGCGCUGCAGUUUGUCAAGGUCAGGCUGCAGGACGUUGUUGGCCGGAUUGGAGGCGAGGCGGUGUUCCAAGAGAACUAUGUGGACAACGUGGACAAGGCGGUUAUGGACGCCUUCCAGAAGAUGAUGAACGAGGUGCCGCAGUGA